CUUGAUUACAAAAAAAACAUUUCCUAACCUAGUACUCCGUAUUGUAUACUCCGUCUGUGACAACACUCUCUCCACUGACCUGCAGGAGAAAAAGCAGUGAUGAUGAGGCGCUGUAAUUCUUCUUCUCCAAAACCCAUCUUUCAUGUUCUGUUUUGGUUUGUAUACAGUGCAUAUGUCUUGCCGACAAUAGAGAAAGUGAACGGGGAGUCGAACAAACCCAGAUCAACUUUUGCCCUUAAUGUGCUCGAUUUUGGAGCUGCGGGGGAUGGCAUUGCUGAUGACACUAAUGCUUUCAAACAUGUGUGGUGGGUAGCUUGUACGUCGCAGUCUCGGGCAAAUGUUAUUGUUCCUGAAGGACAAUUCAUUGUAACACCAAUUAAUUUUACAGGACCUUGCAUGUCAAGGGUGUCCCUCAAGGUCUUUGGUUCUAUUGUUGCUCCAGAAGAUCCUGAGGUGUGGAAUGGUUUGGAUAGAAAUAAAUGGCUCUAUUUCAUGAAUGUGAAACACUUGACUAUAAAAGGGAGAGGAACGAUAAACGGGAAAGGACAGAGAUGGUGGGACGAGUCUUGCAAGAUCAACAAAUCAAAUCCUUGUCGACAUGCUCCAAAGGCAAUGACUUUCCACAAAUGUAAUUACUUGAGAAUCAGGGGCCUUUUGAUGGUAAACAGUCAACAGAUGCACUUAUCACUUACCAGUUGUGUAAAUGUCACAGUCUCCCGUCUUAGGAUCUUAGCGCCUUCUCAUAGCCCUAACACUGAUGGGAUUCACAUAAGUACAUCCUCACGUGUCACCAUCAAGGAUUGCAUUAUUGGCACAGGAGAUGACUGCAUAUCCAUAGUUGGAAACUCCUCGUGGAUUCGUAUAAGAGGCAUUACAUGUGGUCCAGGCCAUGGUAUAAGUAUUGGAAGCUUAGGAAAAUCAUCUUCAUGGGAUAACGUGCAUGACGUUAGUGUAAUAGGAGCAUUUUUUUCAAAUACCAAGAACGGGGCAAGGAUUAAAACGUGGCAGGGAGGUAGCGGUUUUGCAAGGAAGAUUAGUUAUGAGAACAUUAUGAUGAAGAAUGUCUCAAAUCCUAUUAUAAUAGAUCAGUACUACUGUGAUUCAUCGAAGCCAUGUCUAAACAAGACUUCAGCAGUUGGUAUAAGUAAUGUGGCAUUUAUGAGAAUUAAAGGAACUUCUGCUACAAUGGAAGCGAUACGAAUAGCCUGCAGUGAUACCUCCCCGUGCAGGAAGAUAUUCUUCAAAGAUGUUGAUCUCAUUUCGUCUUCCGGCGGGACGUCUUUCUACUGCUGGAAUGCUUAUGGGUCCACCGAAAAUCUUGUUUACCCCACGCCAUGUUUUCCUUGUGCUACAAGUAUGGUUCAGCCUACUAUCAUCCAACACACUAGUAGUAGUAGUAGUAUUCUCUCAAUGUAGUUAUACUAUUGUGGUUUCACACUAAAACUUCAAUGCAACACUGUAAAGAAAUAACAUCUAUUUGUCUAUACAAUAAUGCUCUAUAUAAGAACUAACUUGCAUUUUAGACGUUAUUACUUGUCUCAAAAAAUUCUUGUAUGUAGUUCUAAUUUGUAAGCUUUCAAGUGUCAACUAUACAUGUCACAAAAAGUGGAAGAUGUUACUGUGAAUGCAUUUUAGACGUUAUUACUUGUCUAAA